GUCAGUACGUGCAGAAAGCGGUGCCUCAGGUAGCUCGGCAACUGCCGAUUCGGAACCCUGCCGCUAACCAACGCUUUCAUCGUCAUAUGGCGAACUACGAACAGUUGCACAGACAAUGCCGUACUUUGGAGAGCCUCUUCGAUUCCAAGCUCACUUCGUACUCUCAGCUCGUUUCUGCACUUUCAAGGCCUAAUGAGGACGUCGAGGCGAACGGCUCAUCGGAGCGGUGGAAAGACCUGGAGCUUGAGGUGGACGAUCUGCUAGAGAAGCUUGAAGAAACGAAUGAGAAACUCGGAGCCCUAGCCAAUGAGCCUGAUAUCGUGUCUCAGUCAAUGCUACGUGCGAUUCAGAGACAUCGGGAAUUAUUCCAGGACAAUGUACGGGAAGUGAAGAGAACGAAAGCCAGUGUCAAGCAAGCCAUGGAGCAAGCUAACCUACUGAGCGGCGUUCGCAACGAUAUAGAUGCCUACAAGUCAUCGGCGGCGGAUUCUCUUCUAGCGGAAAGGGGAAGGAUUGAUGGUUCGCACCGCAUGACGGACGAUAUGAUAGACCAAGCAUACGAGACACGUUCAGAGUUUGCCCGUCAGCGUUCGUCUCUGGCGGGCAUCAAUACGCGAAUGGUUAACGUCAUCAACACGAUGCCCGGCAUAAACAAUAUCGUUUCCAUGAUCAAGUCACGACGAAGACGAGAUUCCGUCAUAUUAGGUGUUAUUAUCGGUAUAUGCAUUAUUCUUAUCCUGUCAUAUCUUUGGUAGUCGCGGGACGUUGCCCAUUUUUCUCAUGUCAUAUCUUGGAUCCAUUUUGCAAGG